GUCGUCUACGCAACCCUAUUUCCGCUAAGCGUGACUGCAUGUUUACGUCGCACAUCUUCAAGAUCUUCAUUGUCUUUGACUACCAGUACUACUACUACUAGGCAUUUACACAUUAAAACAUUUACAAAGCAACUAGAAUCGCAUAUCCUGUACGGGUUGAUUUAGCAGAUAUAGCGCUAUGGGGUUACACUCUAAAUGUUGCAAUAGGCCAAAAACGCUAUUGCAAAAAAAUCCAAACAAGUUACAUAGACUAAAGAAAGCCGAACGAAUAAGACAACAAGGUGGACAAAAACAGGCAGGAAUUCUUGACAUUGGACUCGUAACACCUGGUAUUUUCAAGAAAAGAAGGACAAAUCCAAGAGCUAAUAUCACUCUGUCUGGAAAGAAGAAGCGAAAGGUUCUCAAACAACUGAAACGAAUGGCUAAAGAAAAAGAGGAAAUGGAAGUUGUAGUGGAUACAAGCGCAGCAAAACAGAACCACUUACCAACUGUGAAAGAUAUCGAGAUGCCUGACACAUCUGCAGCCAGCUCUCAGGAGGUGCUCAAAGAUGUAGAGAUGAGCACACCCAGGAAAAGCAGGAGCAGAAGCAAAAAGAGGGCUACUGCUAAUGAAGCAGGAGGCAUGAGCAAGAUGGACAGCAUGGAAAGCUAAGGUCCAUCGCACUGUUAAAUUUUCAAAAAUGGGCAGUACAGGCAUUUGCAUUUGAGAAGUCCGUACACAUGCGUGUAUACACGAGUAUGUUUAUGCAUAUGGAAAUUGCCUAUAAAUAUCCCUAUAUGCACCUUCUAUGGUGACGUUUUAUUGAGUGACUUCUAAAAAUUUAAAUAUAUCCUUAGCUGUGCAAGCAAGCACAUACGUUACUUGCCCAUGAACGAUAUAAUAUUGGAACUUGCAGUUUUGCAAUUGCUAUCAUAUGUAUAAACCAACUGAAAAAUUAGUUGAUAAUAAAAUUCCAUUUUAUUUUCACACUA